AUGCUGGUUCCCACCCAACCACCUCCGCGGCUCUGGAGCAAGGCCUCACCGGCCGCUCUCCGCCCCACAGGGAUCCUGCCCGUUUGCCACUCCCUCUUCGCCCUGGCAACCGAAGAUCUGAAAUGCUGGUUCCCACCCAACCACCUCUUCACCGUGGACAACUCGAGCUGCCAAACCGUCGUCUACAGAAUCAGGUUUUUCUUCCCCAGCUGGCUGGGGCCGGGGAAGUCGUACCGCUUCGGGAUGCUGAACGACCGGUCCACCGCAGUGCUGGACUGCCCCACCAUCGACUACCUCUUCGCUCAGUCCCGCAGCGAUUUCAUCAGCGGGCGCAUGGAGGUGGCGCUGAGCCUGCAGGAACAGGAGGAGUGUCUCAGCCUGGCCGUGCUGGACAUGCUCCGGAUGGCCAAGGAGAGGAAGUGGAGCCCGGAGGAAAUCUUCAGCUGCAGCAGCUACAAAUUGCGCCAGCAGAUCCAGCAGCACAGUUUCCUGACCCGCAAGCGGAUCCGGAGGAAGUUCCAUAAGUCCCUGCAGAAGAUCAGCAGCUGCAAGCUGAAGUACCUGAUGGACCUGGAGAAGCGGGAGAAGACGUGGGCAGUGGAGAGCUUCCUGGGGCGCGCCCCCCGCGGUGGUGAGUCGGGCCAGGAGGAGUACGGCAUCUUCUGGAGCCACAGCGGAGACGAGAACCGGCAGCCAUUCUGCGACUUCCCCGAAAUCGCCGACAUCAGCAUCAAGCAAGUGAGCCGGGAUAGCAACCCCGUGGAGAACCGUCUCGUCACCGUCACCAAGACCGAUAACAGGAUCCUAGUGAGUGGGGACGGGGGAGAGGGGAACCUCAGUCCUGCCCCCUGCUGGUCCCUUUGGGGUUCACAGAUGUCACGGGUCUUGGUGUCCUUUCCUGGAGCUGUAGGGGAAGGGACCUCGAGGGGAUCUAGCUGCAGUUUAAGCCCCUUGCGGCUUGGCCUGUCCUCCGUGGUUGUGGAGAAGGAUGUGUCUUUGCCAUGUGCUUGCACCCUGGCAUCAGGGGGGGGAGCUCCCGACACUGCCCGAGGCCUGACGGCAGCCGCCCACCAUUACUUCUGCAAGGAAGUGGCUCCCCCCCGGCUGCUGGAGAACAUGGAGAACCAGUGUCACGGACCCAUCAAGUCCGAGUUUGCCGUGGAGAAGCUGAAACUGGCAGGGAGCAGCGAGGGGCUCUACCUCCUCCGACGCAGCCCGCAGGACUUCGACAGCUACCUGCUCACCGUCUGCAUCAAGACGCCCUUCGGACCGGACUACAAGGGCUGCCUGAUCCAGAGGGACAAGGAGGGGGGCUAUGCCCUGUCCGGCGUCGCCAGGUGCUUCAGCAGCCUCCAGGAGCUGCUCCGCACCUACCAGCACUGCACCCUGCACGCCGACGGGCUGGCCCUGCACCUGGCCACGUGCUGCCCUCCCCGGCCCAAAGAAAAAUCCAACCUGCUGAUCGUGCGAGGCAGCUGCUGCCAGCUCCCUGGUUCCCCCUGCGCCCCCCGCCGCAGCGUCAACCAGAUGAUGUUCCACAAGAUCCAGCCGGAGCACUUGACGUGGGGCGAGAACUUGGGCCAGGGAUCCUUCACCAAGCUUUACCAAGGCUUCUGGCAGGACCAAGAGGAUGAGGAGAGCCACAAGACCCAAGUGCUGCUGAAGGUGAUGGACGCCAGCCACGGCAGCUGCUCUGAGUCCUUCCUGGAAGCCGCCAGCGCCAUGAGCCAGAUCUCGCACAAGCACCUAGUCCUGCUCUACGGGGUCAGCAUCGGGGAAGACAGCAUCAUGGUGCAGGAGUACGUCCGCUAUGGGGCCCUGGACACAUACCUCAAGAAGCACCGGGCUGGGGGCCAGGUGGCAGCCAGCUGGAAGCUGGAAGUGGCCAAACAACUGGCCUAUGCACUCAACUUUUUGGAGGAUAAGAGGAUCACGCACGGCAACGCCUCCACCAAGAAGGUUCUGCUGGCCAGGGAGGGGGACGCUGCCAGGGGCAGCCCCCCUUUCAUAAAGCUCGGAGACCCCGGCGUCAGCCUCGCCAUGCUGGCCAAGGAAAGUAAGUUCCCCGAGGGUGCGCUUGCCCCCAUGGGGACCCAUCGGGGCUUUCUCAAGGGCCCCCGUCGCCGGAGUAUCCGGGUCCCUCUUCAUCUGCAACAGUGUCAUCCACCCAGCCCCUUCUGCAUGGCAGGGCAGGGCGCCGAUCCCCCUGUGCCCAGAGGGGAAACUGAGGCACGGGCAGCUGAGGCUCAGCUUUGCACCGACAAGUGGAGUUUUGGCGCCACCCUGUGGGAGAUCUUCAGCGGGGGCACCAUGGCCACGAGCAACCUGCAGCCCCGCCAGGUGAGUCGGCCCCUCUGCCCCUGGAAUCCCCCCUUCCCGUGCGUCGGAGCCACGAGGCAGCCCCCGGGGGGCCCCCUUCCUCUGCUCCUGCCCCGUCGGCGGCUGGGAUUGACAGACCUGGAGAUGCAGGACAGUGGAGGUUCCUCUGAUUACGAGCUGCUCUCGGACCUGGCGCCCAGCGAGCUCCCAGCCAAGGACGGGUUCUGGGGCUACGCCAAAGUCCCAGCGUGCCAGGACCCGGCCCUCUUCGAGGAGCGGUACCUGAAGUACAUCUGCGUGCUGGGCAAGCUGGGCAGCAGUGUGCAUUUCCCCGCUCUGUUCCAGGGCAUGGAAUACCUGGGAUCCCAGCGCUACGUCCACAGGGACUUGGCCAGCAGGAACAUCCUGGUGGAGAACGAGACCCACGUGAAGAUCGGGGACUUUGGCCUGGCCAAGCUGCUGCCGCAGGACAAGGAGUACUACGUGGUGCGGGAGCCGGGACAGAGCCCCGUGUUCUGGUAUGCGCCCGAGUCCCUGUCGGAAAACGUGUUCUCCCGCGAGUCCGACAUCUGGAGCUUUGGCGUCGUCCUCUACGAGCUCUUCACGUACAGCAGCCGAAGCCGAAGCCCCUCCGAGGAAUUCCUCCGCAUGAUGGGACUGGACAAGCCUUUGCAGGUCAUUUGCCACCUGUUGGAACUCCUGAAGGACAACAAGCGUCUCCCUGCGCCCCCCGGUUGCCCCCCGGAGGUGUACGGCCUGAUGCAGGGCUGCUGGGCCUUCAGCCCAAGCAAGCGGCCCCAAUUCAGCGAGCUGGGGCUGAAGAUCGAGGCGCUGCGUGACAGCCGGAGCAAGGUCCGGGGGUAGCCGGGGAGGAGAGGGGGGCAGCGCCCAGGCCUCUGCGCCUGUCUGGACUUGGUGCUCCUGGACCCCGCGCGGAGAGACCCUGACGUGCGUGCCGCCCCAUUGGCUGGAGGGACCGUGACGG